AAAGCCAUGACUACCAGCGCAACAGUGGUGCGCAUCCUGAUCAAGGGCGGCAAGGUGGUGAACGACGAUUGCACGCAGGAAGCCGACGUCUACAUCGAGAAUGGCAUCAUCCAGCAGGUGGGCAAGGAGCUGAUGAUCCCGGGCGGGGCCAAGGUGGUGGACGCCUCUGGGAAGCUGGUGAUGCCCGGCGGGAUCGAUACCAGCGUGCAUUUGGAAGAGACCUUUAUGAAUGCCACCACUGCCGACGAUUUCUACAGUGGCACUAAGGCUGCCUUAGCUGGAGGUACCACCAUGGUUAUGGCGCACGUUCUUCCGGAGAAAAACCAGUCUUUGCUGGAUGCCUAUGAGCAAUGCCGUAGCUUGGCUGACGCCAAAACCUGCUGCGACUACGCCCUGCACGUGGGAGUAACUUGGUGGGGUCCCAAGGUGCGCGCCGAGAUGGAGAAGCUGGUGAGGGAGAAGGGAGUGAAUUCCUUCCAGAUGUUUAUGGCCUACAAGGAUAUGUACAUGCUGAGGGACAACGAGCUCUUCCAAGUCCUGCAGCACUGCAAGGACAUCGGCGCCAUUGCCAGGGUCCACGCGGAGAACGGGGAAUUGGUGGCUGAGGGUGCUAAAGAAGCCUUGGAGCUGGGCAUUAGCGGGCCAGAGGGCAUUGAGAUCAGCAGGCCUGAAGAGUUAGAGGCGGAGGCAACCCACAGGGCCAUCACCAUCGCAAACAGGGCCCGUUGCCCCAUCUAUCUAGUCAACGUGUCCAGCAUGGCGGCAGGAGAUGUGGUGGCUACUGCCAAAAUGCAAGGGAGGGUGAUCCAGGGGGAGACGACUACCGCCCACGCUGUGCUCAACGGUACUCAGUAUUAUCACCAGGACUGGGCUCAUGCCGCUGGCCACGUAACCCUGCCACCUCUGCGCCUGGACCCCAGCACGCCUAACUACCUGAUGAGCCUGUUGGGAAACGACACUCUGAACGUUCUCGGGUCCGACCACCGUCCUUUCACCACCAAACAGAAAGCCAUGGGCAAGGAUGAUUUCACCAAGAUUCCCCAUGGUGUCCCGGGAGUUCAGGAUCGCAUGAGCGUCAUUUGGGAAAAAGGCGUGAUCGGGGGCAAGAUAGACGAGAAUCGCUUCGUUGCCGUUACGAGCUCCAACGCCGCCAAGAUUUACAACCUCUACCCCAAAAAAGGCAGGAUCAUCCCGGGAGCAGACGCAGACGUGGUGGUCUGGGAUCCCGAGGGGUCCAAAAUCAUUUCGGUGGAAAACCAGCUGCAGGGUGGUGACAUGAACCUUUACGAAGGUCUUCGUUGUCAUGGCGUGCCCUUGGUCACCAUCAGCCAAGGGCGGCUGGUCUACGAGAACGGCAUGUUCACAUGUGCCGAGGGCUCCGGGAACUAUUGCCCUCUAAGGACUUUCCCAGACUAUCUUUACAAGAAGAUGGUUCAGAGGGAAAAGUGCCAGACAGCGAAGCGCGUGGAGCGAGAACCGUACACGGGGGACGUGGUGGCCGUGGCAAAUGGUGGAAAAAGGGACGCCAUAUCUUCGGACCUGGACACCCCGACACGCCCCUGCACCCGUCACGGCGGCAUGAGGGACCUUCAAGAAUCCAGCUUCAGUUUGUCCGGUGCCCAGAUCGACGACAAGAUUCCCAAGAGAUCCUCGGCCAGGAUCCUCGCACCACCCGGCGGGAGGUCCAGCGGGAUCUUCUAG